UAAGAAGACAAAGAAGUUAUAGGCAAAGGCCAGGCUAUAUCAAUAUAUUGAUAUAAUUCAACCAAGGCUAUAGAAAUCAGUUAAGGCAAGAGCACUGCAACAUAUUCCGUUCCCAGCUGGCCGUUCUCUGAGGACUGAUGGCGUCCCUCGCUGGCGGAGGCGGGGCGGCGGCCCGUCCGCGUCCCGGCGAGUCAGACGCCCGGGUCAGCGCGCGCGGCUUCCUGCUGGGUCUGGCCGUACCGGCGUCCGUAGCCAGCCUCCAGCAGAUGUUCUUUGAUCGGGUGUUCAUGGGCCACGCGCUGUUCGUGGCAGUGGUGUUCUGCGGAGCUGCCGUGGCGGUGAUGCACAGCCAGUAUCAGGGGCGGAAAAUACAGACGGCGAUUCGAGCGGCGCUGCUCGGUGACGGGUUCGCCAUGGGGGUCAUUCUGGUGACCUCUGCCCCAUCUUCGUGGCAGGCGUUCGGCUGGUACGCGAUGAUUCUGUGCGCGUUCCACUACUCCGAGUACCUGGCCACGGCGCUCACCAAUCCCCAGUCGGUCAGCAACGAUUCGUUCCUGCUGAACCACAGCUGGGCCUACUCUGUAGCGGCCGCCUCUAGCUGGGCGGAGUUCUGGCUCGAGCGCGCGCUGUUCCCAGGCCUGAAGGAGUUCAGCUUCACCAUCGGUCUGGGUCUGCUGCUCUGCGUCUCCGGCGAGAUUAUCAGGAAGCUGGCCAUGUUCACGGCCCGCACCAACUUCAACCACAUAGUGCAGAACGAGAAGCGUCCGGACCACCAGCUAGUGACUCACGGCGUCUACAGCUGGUUCCGACAUCCCAGCUACGUCGGCUGGUUCUGGUGGAGCGUCGGCACGCAGCUGAUCCUGAACAACCCCAUCUGUCUGGUGGGCUACACGGCCGCCUCCUGGACUUUCUUCAGAGACCGGGUCCGGUACGAGGAGGCCACGCUGAUCAGCUUCUUCGGUCACGCGUAUCUCGAGUACCAGCAGCGUGUGGGUACCGGUCUGCCCGGCAUUGCCGGGUACCAGCUGCAGCGACGGCCCCAGUGACGGCAGCGAGAGAGCGUUGUGACGUCAUCGGUGGAACACUGUGACGCCAUCGGUGGAACGCUGCACGUCACUGGUGGAGCGUUGUGACGUCAUCGGUGGAACGCUGCACGUCACUGUUGGAACGUUGUUACGUCAUCGCUGGCACGCUGUGGCCUCGAUAAAGGUAAGCUCUGCGCCCAACAGUGUUACGACUUACAAUGAUCUGUGAGGCUGCAGCCCACCCAGGAAUACACUCGACUCGGCUAUAGGAAAGGAUCUCUGAUUGAGUAAAGACUUGCUACACUGGUGAAGGACACGGUCGGGUCGCAGACUGGUCGGGUGGAGGACCCAUCCGUGGAAGGCUCGAGUUGACCCACCAUGAGCGGCAUGGUGGACAUGAGGAGAGGCACACCGUUAUGUCGUGGGGUGGUGAGAAGCCAAACAGCUGGCUGUCAUCUCAAUCUGCUGAUCCAGUGGCAGAACUGUGAACUCUCGCUUCGGAUAUCUCGCGCAGAAAGACCUCUGCUGUGAAGACCUGCUCGAGUUUGAGCAGCGAUUGAGUUUUGUUUAUAGUGUGUCAGUGGGGACGUUAGUGGCCCAAUUGUGCAAAAUAUGUCCAUUUUAACCUUGCCAUACGGUCGGCGUUGCGUGAGGUCAUAUCGGUUUGAUGUGAUGUUUGGGGAUAUCUCUAUAAUUGCGAGGGACCGACUCCGUCCCAAACGCUACUUAUGGAGGUUUGAGAUGGUUUGCUAUUACCAUUGUGCUACACGGGCUGCUCCAGUAUAACUAAUAUUUAUCGUAAUUAUGGCGCGUUUUCUGAUGUUUUUUUUUAUAGAAGAAAAUGAAUCCUGCAGGAUCACUCGGCUAUUAUUGUUUUCUUUGAGAGCGUUGCUGUUUGAUAUUAACCUCGUUUUGUAACUCUUGUCGCAUUACCAUUUUUCUACACUUUCUUGGACUUUGUAACAUUCUUUCCAGACCUUGUAACGGUGCAUGUGCUGCGUAUAACUCUAAUGCAACUGUUUUGACAUGGGAGUAAUGAACUACUCACUGCCGCUGACCAGUAUGCUGGUCAGUAAUUGUGUUGAUAUUGCAGUUUGCCGCUGUAUUCCCAGUGGAACAGUCCAUUCCGGAUGGAGUAACACUGGAAUCGACCCUGCAGAUGGUCGUACCUAAGUGCGCUUUUAGAUACUGCGAUAUGUGGAGGCUAGUUAUCGCUCCUGUUGUGCCCUCACCGGUGACUUUUUCGGCGUUCGGUCGUGGUAUCGUUAACACAAGACGUCAUUCUAGUCACUAACUGUCGCUCGCCAUUUGUGUAAGAUCUUUGUUGAAAAGACUGAAGAGAAUACAAUUGAAUAACAGUA